ACCACUCUGCUACCCAGACUCGUACCUUUCGGUUUGCAUUUUGGCACCACUCUCUAGAAUCUCUCUCUUCCAAAACGAACUUUUCCGAAGAUGUUUGCAUGCUUCUGUUUUUGCCAUUCCACUCUUCUUGUCCUAUUUUCUUAACCAGUUUUUUCUUUCAGUGUUUUCAGAUAUUUAGCUGUUUUUCAUAAUCGGCAUAUGCGUAAUUGCUUAAGUUUAUUGCUUGCGGUUGCUGCUUAGUACCAUUAAGCUUACUUGGUAGCAUUUGUAAUGAAAGAUCCGCAUGUACAAGCAACGGAUUCUACGUUUAUUUUAUUUUCGUUUUGGGUUUUAGGCCUCUUUGGUGGCUGGGGAAAAAAAUAAUUUUAGUUAAAUCAGUUGUGUGUGGAUUUCCUGUUUUCGGCUGCUUUGAUUUGGUAAAGCUUUUAGCUUAGGUGGACUGAUUGUAAGAAAAUAUUUAAGUUUUUAAAUUUCUAAGUUAUUUUGUUUACCGCAACAUUUUCUCAGUAUACAAACAAGGAAGCGGUCAUCUUUGUUUAACCUGUUUGGUUUUGCUAUUCUGUUAACAAAAAAAUACUCAAUAAUUGCCUCUUUCCGCUCUGUUUCCGGUUAUUCUCGAGCAUUUUCUGGGUAACUAAACGGCACAUUAGGCACCUUAGCACCGUGGGUUUAGGUUUUCUUUUUCUUUUUACAAAAUUUCUGUAGUGAUAUGAUUAAGAAACAUUUACUUUGAUCUCUUAUGCUCUUUUCUGGGUCUGUUAUUUGAUACGAGUUUGACAAAAUUGUACCUUUCGUUUGUCCUUUUCUGCUUUUCGGUCUUUGCCUUUAUCUCUUUUGGUUCUUCUCGAGUGGGAUUUUAAAACUUGUACAAUUUUUUUACAUUUUGUCGCUCUCUCUCUCUCUCUCUCUCUCUCUCUGUUAAAAAAGUAGUCCCCUGACCAAUCUUCCGCCCUGUUUGCUUGCUAAGAACCGAAAGGGAAAACCAAACGUUAACUGAGGUUUUUUUUUCUGUCGAUGAGUUUUCAAUUCAGUUAAAAUUCUUUUCCUAUAUUUUCUUGGCUGCCAAACGGAGGUUUACACUUUACAGCUUUCAAUAUGGAUCUGUUGCGAAAUUUUGUCAUUGAACGCAAUGAUUUCUGUUCUUAGCUCUUUAUGUGGAUCUAUGUGUCCGUGAAAUAUCUACUUUGACCAUAUAGUCGGUUCCAAUGUCGACGUAACCUCCAACAACUUGCACAUUUGACUCAGAUAAAAUGAGGCCAGUUUUCUGCAGAGAGAAUUUCAUGUGACUUCUGGCAAAGGAGAUAGUCCCCAUUUAUGUCUGAUGUAAUGCCAUCGUUCUCGAGCUGAGCUAAUGGGGGGUUGCGUUUCAACUAGUACUCAAAGUACUUGUAGUAGCAGGAGCAAUGGAGAGAUGGUCUCUCCCUCUUGUUUUUGCGGGCAAAAGAGAACAAGAAGAACAUUCUCUGAUCAUAUUGUUAGCCUUCAGCAUUUAACAUCCAUACCAAGCCGGAUUUUUAUGAAUGGAAAGAGCCGUUCCUCUUGCAUAUUCACUCAGCAGGGCCGCAAGGGUAUAAAUCAGGAUGCCAUGAUUGUAUGGGAAGAUUUCAUGUCUGAGGAUGCGGUAUUUUGUGGUGUCUUUGAUGGACAUGGUCCACAUGGCCAUCUUGUUGCACGCAAAGUGAGGGAUGCCUUGCCGAUAAAGCUAUCAUCAUUCUUGCAUUCUUGUCAGUCAAAGUGGGGUGGAUCAAAUUCAACUUGUUUCAAAGGGAAUCUCAAUAAAUCCGAUGCUGGAGACUCAGAGCAGUAUUGUUCAGCGGAGGAUAAAUUGAACUCCAUAUGGAGAGAAGCUUUUUUAAAGUCAUACAAGGCAAUGGACAAAGAGCUGAGAUCUCAUCCAAAUUUGGACUGCUUUUGUAGUGGCAGCACUGCUGUCACUUUAGUCAAACAGGGUUCAAACCUUUUUAUGGGAUAUAUUGGGGAUUCUCGAGCAAUUAUGGGAUCUAAGGACAGCAAUGAUUCCAUGGUGGCAGUCCAGUUGACUGUUGAUUUAAAACCUGAUUUGCCAAGGGAGGCAGAAAGGAUUAAACGGUGCAAGGGUAGGGUUUUUGCCUUGCAAGAUGAACCUGAAGUGUCUAGGGUAUGGUUGCCAUUUGAUGAUGCACCUGGAUUAGCAAUGGCUAGAGCAUUUGGGGAUUUCUGUUUGAAGGAAUAUGGGGUGAUCUCUAUACCUGAAGUCUCUCACCGGAUACUUACAGAGAGAGAUCAAUUCAUUGUUCUUGCUUCGGAUGGGGUAUGGGAUGUCUUGAGCAAUGAAGAGGUGGUUGAGAUAGUAUCAACGGCUCCAACCCGGUCAUCAGCUGCAAGGAUCCUGGUGGACUCAGCUGCUCGUGAAUGGAAGCUCAAAUACCCAACUUCAAAGAUGGAUGACUGUGCAGUGGUUUGUUUAUUUUUGGAUGGGAAAAUGGAUGCUGAAUCUGAUUAUGAUGAGCAAAACUUUUCUUCUGCAACCCUUCAGAGCAAUCAUUCUGGUAAUGCCAUUGAAUCAGAUGAUGGCCAGAAGUCUGAGCCAUCUUUGCAAAGGAACUUUACAGUCAGAUCAUCAGAAGAAAAUGAUACAUAUGGAAGACUACCUGUUGACGUGGAAGGGAAUGGGGAAACAGUAGAAGCUGAAGAUCAGAAUUGGUCAGGUUUGGAAGGUGUCACCCGAGUGAACUCCCUUGUUCAACUUCCUAGAUUUUCUGAAGAGUGGCCAAACCUUGAAAUUUUGUGAUUUAUUUAAAGGUGGAAUGGGGCUGGUUCUGUUGUUUGUGUCUUGAUGUCCUUUGCACCUUGCAAAUCAAAGAAAAACUUCCUGGGUUUGUGGCAUUGUCACUAAGGUUUGUGCUGUACAUUUAAAGCCACAAUGUUUGUUCUUUUGUAUUGCCGGAAAUCUAGUGGCAAAUCACUUUCAUCAAGGAAAACCUGAAUCAGCAUUUUCAAAUUUGUGCAAUAUAUAUACAAUUAUUGUA